UAUCUCGUUACAGGACAAGUGCUGGCGGAGCGUGUUGUCGCCCAGGCUGAUGUACCUGAAGUGCGGACAUCAAUAAAGGACGGAUAUGCAGUCGUAGCGAGUGAUCCGAAAGGUCUCCGGAAGGUCAUUGGGUCGUCCACUGCGGGUUCACCGUAUCUCAAAUCUGUCUCAGCUGGUGAAUGUGUCCGUGUAAGUACCGGUGCCGCCGUUCCUGAUGGAGCUGAUGCUGUUGUGAUGGUGGAACAUACUCUCUUCAAGCCUUUCUAUUGCUCUUAUCAUUUUUGUUGUCCAGUGUUACUCUUUUUGAGGGCACAUCGUUUCAGUAUGCCUGGCAGCGACAUUGCCAAGGGAGAUCUACUGUUGGAUUCUGGAUGUACCCUUGGCUCUGCGGAAAUCGGUGUUUUAGCUGGGAGCGGAAAACGUUCAGUUCUGAUGUACAGAAGGCCUAAAGUUUGUAUACUGUCGACUGGCAAUGAGGUUAGUUGCACGGCAGAAGAUGUACCUACUGGCCAUAUCCGUGACACAAAUCGCCCUCAGUUAAUUGCCUUGUUCAGUUCGCUAGGAUUUAAGGCAAUCGAUGCGGGUAUUGCCGUAGAUAGGUUGGAGUGUCUACGCGAAUGUCUUGUCGAGGCCAUAAAAGUAUCGUUCCGCUAUGCGCAUGUGCUUGUAACGUCUGGAGGUGUGAGCAUGGGUGAAAAAGAUUUGAUGAAGGAUGUGCUGAUGAAUGACUUCGGCUUCAAGAUUCAUUUUGGACGAGUUUGGAUGAAGCCGGGACUCCCGACCACCUUUGCAACAGGUAUGGUUGACGGCGAGAGGAAGUUUGUGUUUGCUUUACCAGGUAAUCCUGUUUCGAGUUGGGUUACCGCACAACUCUUCGCUGUGCCAUUGUUGAGAAAGAUUGCCGGCCAUUCUAGAAUCUUUCAAAAUGUGUUGAAAGUUCGGAUCAGCCAAAACCUCAAUCUUGAUGCUCGUCCAGAGUAUGCGAGAGCCUGGUUACAAUAUGGUGGCGACAUUCCCCUUGCCAUAACAACGGGUGAUCAGAUUUCGUCAAGGUAUAUUUUUCGAUCCAAUUCUCUUUCUGGAGCAACUGUCCUGCUGAAGUUGCCCGGGAAGUCACCACAGUGCUCAGUUUUACAAGCGGGGGAAAUUGUGGACGCUCUUUGGUUAGGUCCAAAUUGA